AUGAAUGAGAGGUUGAUUGCCGGGGUCGGUGUGAAUGGCAAGCUUGGCAAAGGAAGGGUGACCCUUCAACGCGUCUCGGGAGACGUGUUGAAGGUUGUGAAGCUUUUGUAUGGCAAAAGGGUGAUGGCGGGGUCCGAGGCACAACUUUUGGUUGAUGAAGCGUAUGCUGCAAACCAAUUUGAAAGGAACCACCGGGGUCCUCUCCUUGGCCAAUACUCUCAUUGCCCAGAACCCAAAGACAGAGUCUCCUCGCCCGGCAAUGAUCCUUCGGGGUAUACGACUGAUGAGUCUGGUAAGACCGAUCUCCAGACCUCUCAAUACAACCUCCAACGCCAGGUCACAAGCAUUCUGCCAAUGCCAGAUUUCACCGAGACCGACAACGCCCAACUCUAA